AUGCGAAGCAGUACUUCCACUCGACCUUCACACCUCCCAUCAAAUUAUUCCACUCUGGUCACUUUACAUCCCACCGUCACUCCCAGACCAGAAGGAUCAGGUAGAAGAUGGCAUCUGUAUUGUCCGAUGAGCAUCACUCAUAGCUCUCAGUCUCUUGUUCAGGCCGCUGCGGGUUCAAUAGGUUUAUCAAAAUGUACAGACGGUUGUAUAAGAGAGCUGAGAGAUACGAUUGAGAUGUUUUUGGAUAUUUCGAAUCAGUCCUAUGCCACAAUACAAAGAACGUCUGAUCAGGAUAGAGUGCAGAUGAAAUAUGAAAAGAAAACAUUCCUAGAUGCGAUCAUCUGGUCGACAAAUCAAUCAAGCACGAAUGCGAAUGAUAUAUCAGUGGAAGUCGAACAUACCCAGAUGAGUUUGAAUCGAGCUAAUAGAAUCAAAAAAUGGGCAAAGACUAAAGUGGUCAAAGGUAUUGAUGUGAGUGAUCUGAUGAAAGAUGAUUUCAAGAGGGUAUAUUAUGGAUGUAAUUGUCAAUAUCCUUGUGAACGCGAUAACGAUAGAUGA